UCACUCCUUUCUUAACAUGGAAGGAUCCAGCGGGUCGAGUUUUGGGAUAGACACUAUUUUAUCCAGCGCUUCUAACUCUGGUAACCCCGGGCUCAUGAACGGAGAUUUCCGGCUCGGCGACAGCAGGACAGCGGAUUUCAGGACCCAAGCGACCCCGUCGCCAUGCUCGGAGAUAGACACUGUGGGAACGGCCCCCUCAUCCCCCAUCUCGGUCACCAUGGAGCACGCCGCCGAUGCGCAUCUGGUCCAGGACAGCCUUCAGCAUCACCACCUCCAUCACCACAACAACCAGCCGCAGAGUCUGCCGCUGUCGCCCCAGCAGCAGCAGCAGCAGCAGGGGCAGCAGGGGCCGCUGGCCGGGGCCGGCUGCGCCCCGAGGACUGCCACCUCCUCGUUUCUAAUCAAAGACAUUUUAGGCGACAGUAAACCGCUGGCAGCCUGCGCACCUUACAGCACCAGUGUAUCCUCACCGCAUCACACGCCAAAACCAGAAAGUGCCACGGCUCCGGACGGCUUCAGGCCCAAGUUGGAACAGGAUGAAAACAGAGGCAAGUUGGACAAAAGAGACGACAUUCAAAGUGAAAUGAAAUGUAACGGGACUAAAGAAGAAGGCGACCGGGAAAUCUCCAGUAGCAGAGACAGUCCACCGAUGCGCACGAAAAAGCCUCGCAAAGCACGGACAGCCUUUACCGACCACCAGCUCAACCAGCUGGAGAGGAGCUUUGAGCGACAAAAAUACCUCAGCGUGCAGGACCGCAUGGACCUGGCCGCGGCUCUCAACCUGACAGACACACAAGUCAAGACCUGGUACCAAAACAGACGGACGAAGUGGAAGAGGCAAACGGCGGUGGGAUUAGAGCUCCUGGCUGAAGCCGGAAACUACUCGGCCUUACAGAGAAUGUUCCCGUCGCCCUAUUUCUACCACCCGAGCCUGCUGGGCACCGUGGACAGCACGACGGCAGCCGCGGCGGCCGCAGCCAUGUACAGCAGUAUGUACCGGACUCCUACCGCGCCGCAUCCCAGCCUCCAGAGACCUCUGGUCCCGAGGGUGCUCAUUCAUGGCCUUGGGCCGGGGGGGCAACCGGCACUAAACCCCAUGUCUAACCCCAUGUCCGGCACACCGCAUCCGCGAUAGAACUCGAAACAAGACGAGAACAGGCCAGAAACCUGGUCGAACACGUGAUGUGAGUAACUGCAUCGGAACCACAUUGCAGGACUUGUUCUUUCCCCCCCAAAAAAGACACAUUUAAAGACAUUUUACAGAAGUAAAGGAGGUAUUUAAUAUAGGCCUGAUGAGACUCUGUGUCCGGGCCGAGACAGACCACAAGGACUGCUCAUGUCUGAUUGUUUGUUUGUUUGUCUUUUGUACAAAUACACUUACAUUAGCAAAUAAACUUAUAAAGUUUAUUAGAUGGAGAAGAACGGAAUGAAUAAAGAAGUAAUGAUACUAA